CUCUCUCUCUCUGGCUCAAAUCUCAUUUCCAUCCAAAAUUUCUCCCGCGAAGAUUCAGAUUCCGGCCAAUUCACGGCGGCGCAUCUCUCAGAUUCCAUCUAACCUUUCGCCUUCGUCUCCAUGAAUCCUGAGUAUGACUACUUGUUCAAACUUUUGCUCAUAGGAGAUUCUGGUGUUGGUAAAUCAUGCCUCCUUUUGAGAUUUUCUGACGACAGUUAUGUGGAGAGCUAUGUAAGCACCAUUGGAGUUGACUUUAAAAUCCGCACUGUGGAGCAAGAUGGGAAAACACUAAAGCUUCAAAUUUGGGAUACUGCUGGACAAGAACGGUUUAGGACAAUUACUAGCAGCUACUAUCGCGGAGCUCAUGGCAUAAUAGUUGUAUAUGAUGUGACUGACCUUGAGAGCUUCAACAAUGUCAAACAAUGGCUAAGUGAAAUUGAUCGAUAUGCCACAGAAAAUGUCAACAAACUUCUUGUUGGGAACAAAUGUGAUCUUACUGCUAAAAGAUCUGUCCAAUAUGAAACAGCUAAGGCGUUUGCUGAUGAAAUUGGUAUUCCAUUUCUGGAAACUAGUGCAAAAGAUGCUACUAAUGUAGAGCAAGCUUUCAUGGCUAUGUCUGCUGCAAUAAAGGACAGGAUGGCGAGUCAACCAGCGAACACGGCGAAGCCUCCCACUGUUAAUAUGAAAGGGCUGCCAGUUCAACAGAGCAGUGGCUGCUGCUCUUCCUGAGCAGUUGUGUUGUUAUUAUCACAAGUCUCAAUUUCUUCAAGGCUUUAUUAUUGUUAUUAUUUCUUCAAUAUAUGCUCCCUAUUUGUUACUUCAAGAUUCUGUCCAUUGCAACUGACUACUGAAAGAUUGCAAAAUAUUAAAUGGGAUUUGUUACUUCUAUGUUCAAUUAUAUCUUUAGCAUACAAACUAUUGAAGUGUUUCAAAGGGCAAACUAGUUUCAAUGAUCCUUUUGUAAGAGUUUUUUUUUGCAUCAUUUAUUCCUGAAUUCUUCAUAAAAUGUUUGUUUCCCU